UAGAGAUUUUAAUAACAGUCACAAAGAGGGAGCGAGUCUAUAUAAAACCCCAAAGCUCGCCGCUACGUAACGACCAUCUCACCCCUAAAAGAUUCAACCUUUUUUUUUUUUCAGAAUUCCCAAUUCAGAAUAUGAAGCUAGUGGAGAAGAAGAUGAUGACUACUACUCCUACGGAGGAGGAGGAGAAUGGUGAAGAAGCUGUCUGCCGCACGAUCGAGGUUUCGGAGUUUGACAGAAACCGGUUUCAGUCUCCGGAUGACGGUGAAGCUGAUGAUACGUUUCGAGUUGUCUCCGGCGAAGAACUUAACCUAAUUCCGCCGCUCAACUUCUCCAUGGUCGAUAACGGUAUAUUCCGUUCUGGAUUCCCUGAUUCAGCUAACUUCUCCUUUCUCCAGACUCUUGGCCUCCGCUCAAUCAUAUACUUGUGUCCUGAGCCUUACCCAGAGACCAAUCUCCACUUCCUUAAAUCCAAUGGAAUUAGGCUUUUCCAGUUUGGCAUUGAAGGCAAUAAGGAGCCAUUUGUGAAUAUUCCAGACCACAAAAUCCGCAUGGCACUCAAAUUGCUUCUAGAUGAGAAAAACCAUCCUGUUCUGAUUCAUUGUAAGCGAGGCAAGCAUAGGACUGGUUGUCUAGUAGGGUGCUUGAGAAAACUCCAGCAAUGGUGUUUGACAUCGAUAUUCGACGAGUACCAGCGAUUUGCAGCAGCAAAAGCAAGAGUUUCAGAUCAAAGAUUCAUGGAGACAUUCGAUGUUUCAAGCUUCAAUCAUAUUCCUAUGUCUUUCUCUUGUUCCAUCAGGUAAACAACAGUGAAGCUACAUAUCUUCGGAUUAAAAGGCAAAUCAAAAGAAGAGAUUAAUCAUAUUACAGUUCCAGAGGAGGAAUCAUUCUUCUCUUUCUUUACCUUUCCCUGGAAUCAAUAAUAAAUUUUUCGAGAAAAAAAAAAGAAAGGUUUAAUUUUCUUUAUGAUAAAAUUGAUUUUACUCUUUUUUCUUCCACUAUUGCUCAGUGUAAGCACUACUAAGAAGGUAGAUAAAAUACGUAUACAAAGUAAAUUAUAGAGGAGGUUUGUGUACGUAGCUAGGAAGUUUUUUAUAUAUUUUCUUGGGUUAUCCCAAAUGUUGCUUAACGGACUCCCGAUCAUACUUAUAUUUCAUUUCAUCAGAACAUGAUUACUACCAUUAGUAUGUAAAUAAUUUGUUCAUAGUACUCUCGUGAAUACACAUGAGUACUACCAUCAGUAUGUAAGUAAUUUGUUCAUAGUACUCUCGUGAAUACAUGAGUACUACCAUCAGUAUGUAAAUAAUUUGUUCAUAGUACUCUCGUGAAUAAAUGAGUACUACCAUCAGUUUGUAAAUAAUUUGUUCAUAGUAGACUAAUUUUUGUACUAUAUAUCAUCUACGGAAUUAAUCAUUUAUUAUUUCUAUUGUAAAAGACAUGCUAAAUGCGUGAGAAAAGUUGUUAAGUCACGAA